CUCAUUCAAAUAUCAAAAAAUGUAAACAAAUGAGCAAUGAGCUUCAGUUUCACAACGCUUUACAACAAGGAAACGAGCAUCACGUUCGUUCUACAGGUGCAAACAGUACAGAAGCGUGUAAUUCGAAAUUCAACUGUUAGCUUUUCCGGAAAGAUAAACAUCCAGUUAUUCUAAAUAUGGCUGCCAAGACACCAGUGUCUCGUCUGCAGGAAAUUUCCACCAAAUUGAGAAUUUCUCCUCCUGAAUAUGAGCUCAUCUACAGCAAACUUGAGGGCUUGAGUUCUUAUUUCACAUUCAAUUGCAAGUUCCAUGGCAGAUCAGCUGAAGGAUCUGGGAGAAAUAAGCGAGACGCAAAACACGAAGCCGCGGAUGCUCUUCUGCGCUUGCUGGAGACCGAUGAAAAUACUAGACAAAACCUAUUGGACAUUGUUCCAUGUCCUGUUGUCCUACCACAUGGCAACAAGGUUCAAAGAAACUUUGUAGGUGACCUGAAAGAAUACUGCUUAGAAAUAUUACGUUCCUCAGAGAAGCCCGAAUUUGAGGAGCGCGGUGCUUUUGGCCCAUCUCACGACCCUACCUUCACAGUCAGGUGCACCAUCAGCAAUUUCAGUGCUGAAGGUAUGGGACCUACUAAAAAGCAAGCCAAGCAGCUUGCAGCCAAGCAAGUCCUCGAGAGGCUUCUUUCCUUGAGAGACCAUGAGAGAGAAUUUGUGGAACCUGAAGAGCAAGCUGUGCAAUAUGAUGAGUCUGACAUGAGUGAAGAAGAGAAACUAACAGUUCAAAAAUACUAUUCAGCUUACAAAGUAUCCCUGCCCAAGCUAGAGAAUAUCAACAAAAGCAAUGAAAUUUUCAAGAAAUUCCAUUACAGGGAUAAGCCUGCCCUCAGGAACUACCAUGUUGAUAAGCAUUCCAAGGAAGGCUGGGAUGCGUACUCAACCCUCCAGGAAGUUUGCAAAGGGCUUGGAGAGGAUGAUGAAGAUGUGAAAACCUAUUUUUGUAAAUUCAAGCCCAAGGUCUCGCCCAGUGAUAUAUCCAGCAGCAGCCUUGACGACUCAAGCUCCUCUGAGCCGUCUGUCAGUGUUGUUGUUCUGUUACAGCUCUCUUCUCUUGUAUGUUGGUUGCUCAUGUGAGACCUAUUGACCUGAUUUGCACUGGCUCCGGUGAAACCGUGGAAGCGUGCGUACAAAAUGCAUCAGAAGAAAUGCUGUAUUUGCUUUACUGCUUCAUGUAUGAUCACUCACCGUUUGAGGUGGAAGAAUAAUUACAAUUAAUUGAUGCAUUUAUUUUUCUUUUGGAAUUGCAAAUAAAUUCUAAUGUUUUAUGGUAGAA